UGAACUUAUGUCUACAAUGGCGCCUGUCGUGAAGUUUUUAGAAAAAAAUUUAAAAUUAGUUGAACUUGUAGAUUUAGUAAAGAAUCCAGAAAAAUGCAUUUGUUCGAUGGUUUUAUUUUUCUUUUUAGAAAUUUUCGUCAAUGUCUUUGUCAUUCACAACAUCAAAUACACGGAGAUUGACUGGAAGGCAUACAUGCAGGAGGUGGAAGGAGUGAUCAACGGAACGUAUGACUACUACCAUUUAAAAGGAGACACUGGACCACUUGUGUAUCCAGGAGGUUUUGUGUACUUCUUCAUGUUCUUGUACCAUCUGACCAGCCGUGGGGCGAACAUAAGAUUGGGGCAGUACGUAUUUGCCUACCUCUAUCAGUGCACACUACUCGCAGUCUUCUUCAUCUAUUAUAAGACCAAAAAAGUACCUCCCUAUGUUUUCUUCUUCAUGUGUUGCGCCUCGUAUCGCAUCCAUUCCAUAUACGUGCUGCGUCUCUUCAACGACCCCGUUGCCAUCACUUUGUUUUACGCCAGUGUCUGCUUUAUUCUUAUUGAUAGGUGGAAGACGGCUUGUCUCAUUUAUAGUGCAGCAGUAUCAAUAAAGAUGAACAUCUUGUUAUUUGCUCCCGGCCUGCUCGUCCUCAUGUUACUAAGGUUCAAGGUCACUCAGGUGAUCCAACUACUCUCUAUAUGUGCUGGCCUACAGAUAUUCCUGGGACUGCCGUUCUUAGUGAUGAACCCGGCUGCCUACAUUAUCCGAUCAUUCGAAUUCAGCAGACAGUUUCUCUUCCAGUGGACUGUUAACUGGAGGUUCCUGUCAGAAGAAAUUUUUCUGGAUAGGAGAUUUCACGCACUGCUUCUAUUGGCACAUCUCUCUUUUAUUAUCUACUUCACUUUUACUCACUGGACUAGGAGGUAUGGUGGAGUUAGGGCACUGUGGUCAUCUGCCGUCGGACAUCGGGAUGACACCCCUCUUGACCCUAAUACAAUAGUUCUAACGUUGUUCUCGAGCAACUUGCUAGGAAUGUGCUUCAGCAGGUCGUUACAUUAUCAGUUCUACGUUUGGUACUUUCACACGCUACCCUAUUUAUUCUGGUCUACUAACUUAUCCACUGUUUUUAGGUUACUAUUGCUAGGCGUUAUAGAAUUAUGUUGGAACACAUAUCCGUCUACAAUUUACAGCAGCCUGGCCUUGCACGCCUCUCACUUCAUCCUUCUUAUCUCUCUUAUAAUUUCCGAACGACGGAGGAAAGAUGAAAUCGUCGAGAAAGAAGAGACACGAAAAACCGAUUGAUUUUGAUUCAUUUGUUAAUAAAUUUUAUUUUAAUUUUAAGUUCAUUUUAUUUUAUCGUAUCCUAUUUUCUUUUGUUCGUUUGUUUUAAAGAUUGGUUUGGUAUCUUAUUGUAUUGCAGUUGCGUGUGUUUUAAAUUGUUGAUAUUUGAAAUUUUCAGUGUGGAGUUCAGUUAAAUAGAAAAAAUUUAUUUCAAGAAAA